AUGAGUCCUCAACCAGUCACUCUUCAUUUAAGAGCCGAAACUAAACCAUUGGAAGCUAGGGCUGCCUUGACUCCAACCACCACCAAACAAUUACUCGAUGCUGGAUUCAAAGUUUAUGUUGAAAAAAGCUCGCAAUCCACCUUUGACAUCAAAGAGUAUGAAGACGUUGGUGCAGAGAUUGUUCCUGAAGGUUCAUGGAAAGAAGCUCCCAAAGAUCGUCUUAUUUUCGGCUUGAAGGAAUUGCCAGAAAACGAGACUUUCCCAUUAGUCCACGAACAUAUCCAAUUUGCUCAUUGUUACAAAGAUCAAGCUGGGUGGGAGACUGUUUUGGGGAGAUUCCCAGCUGGGAACGGAACCUUGUAUGAUUUGGAGUUUUUAGAAAACGACCAAGGUAGAAGAGUUGCCGCUUUUGGAUUUUAUGCUGGGUUUGCUGGUGCUGCCAUUGGUGUUUUGGAUUGGGCAUUCAAACAAACUCACGGUGAUGAUGAAGAUUUGCCAGGUGUGACACCAUACCCAAAUGAAGACGCUUUGAUAAGUUAUGUCAAGGAGCAAUUGCUGAAAGCAUUGGAGAAGACUGGCGGUAAAUAUCCCACUGCGUUGGUUAUUGGUGCUUUGGGAAGAUGUGGAUCUGGUGCUAUUGAUUUUUUCAAAAAAGUUGGUAUUCCAGAUGAAAAUGUUGCUAAAUGGGAUAUGCAAGAGACAGCAAAAGGUGGUCCAUUCAAAGAAAUUGUUGACUCGAAUAUUUUCAUCAAUUGUAUUUACUUGUCAAAACCAAUUCCACCAUUCAUCAACUAUGAGAGUUUGAAUGUUGAUGAUAGACAAUUGACGACAAUCGUUGACGUUAGUGCUGACACCACCAAUCCUCACAAUCCAAUUCCAGUGUAUGAAAUUGCCACUGUUUUCAAUGAUCCAACGGUUGUGGUCAAAACUGAAAAGGGUCCCAAAUUGUCGGUGUGCUCUAUUGACCACUUGCCAAGCUUGUUGCCACGAGAAGCGUCGGAGUUCUUUUCCAAAGAUUUGAUGCCAAGUCUAUUACAAUUGCCAGAAAGAGAUACCGCACCAGUGUGGGUUAGAGCUAAACAAUUGUUUGACAAAAAUGUUGCCAGAUUACCAAAAAAUUAA